UUCUUAAAAGCUUUUCUAGGAAUUUUUAGGGAAGGCAGUCGACAGGCGAUAAUUGAAUAUUGGAAUAUAAUUGGUCAAUUGUCAUUCCAUAUCAGAACUGUAUCAUUGGGUGUAGAAAACUGCGCAGAAUCACUUAUAUGGGUGGGCGAAUCGCUUAUAUCGUCACAUACAAAUGGGUCAAUUAUUGUGCAUGAUUUACAUGGUGCAGAAAUUGUAGGAUUUGCAUCGCGAAUAUUUUCUUUGGCAUCGAAUGAAAAUUUAGUUGCUGCUGGUUGUGUUGAUGAUAUUUUUUUGAUAGAAUUAAAAACAAAAAAAUUAGGUCCAUUAUUAAAAUUGCCCCGUGAUGAAAAAAGAAAACCAACGAUUUCUUAUACUGUUUUUUGUAGGAACGAUUUACUAAUUUCUGGUGACUCAAGAGGUUUUGUUUGUAUAUGGGAUUCAUUAACCGGUUCAUUGCAUCAAGUGAAUUUUUACCACUUAUUUUUAUCGAAGAUUCUUUAA